CGGGGGAUGCCACUUCCCGUCCAGCCAUCUUAGGCGAUUGUGUCUUCUGUGGGGAGAGGCCCGCGGCUUGUUUCCCGAGCGCCUGCGUCCCAUCCGCCGCUUGCACGAGCCGCCGGAGACGAGCCGGACCUCCGGGGACUGGAAAUGGAGUCAGUGGCCUUUGAGGAUGUGGCUGUGAACUUCUCCCUGGAGGAGUGGGCUAUGCUGAAUCCGUACCAGAAGAACCUCUACAAAGAUGUAAUGCAGGAAACCUUGAGGAACCUGGCCACUGUAGGAAACAGUUUGGAGCACCAUAUCAUUGCAAAUAUAUACCGAAAUUCCUGGAGAAAGCUAAGUGGUCAAGUGGUGGAGGGACUGUAUGACUAUAAAGAAGAUCAUCAAUGUGCAGAACUUUUUGACUUCACUACACACAGUAUUGUAAACCACAACUCCUUACCAGGCGUAUAUAUAUGUGAAAACAGUGGGUGCGCAAGAGUAGUCAUUGGCCAUUUAUCUCUGAGUGUGCUCCUUAAGCCUGAUGCACAGCAUGAAUCCUAUGACGAUCAGGAAUAUGGAAGGGAAAUGUAUGGCAUGGAAUUUGGGGCCACCUCGAGUUCUUUUCCGCCGUUUGAGAACUAUGAAAGUACUUACACACUCGAGAGACUGUAUAAGACUGAGCAGUGUAAUGAAGACUAUAGGUACGGUCAGGUCCCUGAGAAGACCCUGACUGAAGACAAGCCCUUUAAGUGUAAGCAGUGUGGGAAAGCUUUCAGUUCCUCCAGGUACUUUCGAAGGCACGAGCGCCGCCAUCGUGCAAAGAAAUGCUAUAUAUGCAAGCAGUGUGGGAAAGCUUUUGCUUUCCCCACCUACCUACAGACACAUGAAAGAAUCCACACUGGGGAGAAGCCCUAUGUGUGCGUGCAGUGUGGGAAAACCUUUGCUCAUUCUCGUUCCCUUAAAACACAUAAAAGAACUCACUCCGUUAGGGACCUGUUUGUGUGCAAUUACUGUGGGAAGACCUUACGUCAUUACAGUUCUCUUCAGAUUCAUACAAGGAUUCACACUGGAGAGAAACCUUAUGUGUGUAAACCAUGUGGCAAGUCCUUCAUUACUUACCGUUCCUUUCGAAUACAUGAACGAAUUCACACUGGAGAAACCCCGUAUGAAUGCAAGCAGUGUGGAAACACCUUCAUGCGUUGGAUUCAGUUACGAAAACAUGAAAUAAUUCACAGUGGUGUGAAACCCUAUGCUUGUAAGCUGUGUGGGAAAAGCUUUACUUGCUCUGGUUCCCUGAGAACACAUGAGAGAAUUCACACGGGGGAGAGGCCCUAUGUGUGUGACCAGUGUGGGUAUAGCUUUACUCGGUUGAAUUCGCUUUUAAGACAUAAAAUCAUUCACACUGGUGAGAAGCCCUAUGUGUGUAAUCAUUGCGGGAAGACUUUUCCUCGUUCUGCUUCCCUUCAAAGGCAUGUAAAAAUUCACACUGAGGAGAAACCCUAUGUGUGCAAGCAGUGUGGGGUUGCCUUCGCUAGCUCCACUGACCUCGCCGAACACGAGCAGACUCACGCGGAAGAAAAGCCUUACAUCUGUGAGCAGUGUGGCAAUGCCUUCGUGCUUUGGAGUCAGUUUCAGAAACACAAAGCACUUCACAGUGUCCCAGUUUCCUACGUUUGUAAGCAGUGUGGGAAAAGCUUCACUUCUUCUAGGUCGCUGAAAACACACGAAAGAAUCCACACUGGCGAGAAGCCCUAUGAGUGCAAGCAGUGUGGGAAAGCCUUCGUUUGGUCUUACUCCCUUCAAAGGCAUGAAAAAACUCAUAGUGAUGGGAAGCCCCACGUGUGCAAACAGUGUGGGGAGGCCUUCCCUUACUAUAGCCAUCUUGAGGUGCAUGAAAAAAUACACAUCGAUGAUGAAACUUAUAAUUGUAAGUACUGUGGCAAACUCUUCUUCACUUUGAACCAUUUGCAUAGACAUGAAUUACUUCACACUACCCUGGAUCCCAAUGUUUUUUAGUAAUGUGAGAAAAAAGUUGGGGGAAGGGUCUUGGUGACUUUCAUAGAAAUAAGCAAAAUCACACUGGAAAAAGAAAAACUGGAUUUGUGCUAACAAUGUGGAAAAACCUUUUUAUUUGUUUCAUUGAAACAAACAUGAAAUGUCACAGUGGAGAGAAACUUUUUUUUUUAAUCAAUGUACAAACAGUUUUUGAGCUUAAAGUUCCUUGAAAUACAUGAAAGAGAAACAGACCUAUGACUGUAAGCAUUAUGGUAAAUUGCCUUCUGCAGUUCCAGAUCUUGGAAGAGACAUGAGAAAAUUCAUGCUGUAGAGAAACUUUAUGUGUAUAUAUAAGGUGUUGUAAAAAAGCCUUCAUUUUUGUCCCCAUUCCCUCUGAAUACAUGGAAGGAGUCACUGUGGAGAGAGACCCUUCAUAUAUAGGCAACCUUAGCUAGUCUUCAGUUACUGUAUCCUCACAGACAUGGAAGAACCUCCUAUGGAGAAAUCUUAAAAACAGGAUUUGUGAACUCUUCAUUAUCCUCAUAGCACAGGAAUGUGCAAGGGGAGAAUUCCUAUCAGCAGAAAACCUCUGUGAACACCAUCUGGUUCAAUUAACACAUAAGGAAAGAACUUGAUAUGGAGUGCUAAUUUGCUUGAAAGAAGUGUUCAAGGUUUCAUUUGGCACACAUGGAAACAGACACCAGAUGAAAACCUUUGCUGUUGAAAAGCAUUGGAAAACCUAGAGCAGUAGCAAAUAUAGGAAAAGUCCUUUGAAUUUUUUCGUGCUUAAUCUGAUAAAUAUCAGUAUUAUGAAGAACUGGACAUAUUAAAUUUUUUUGUAGCAUGCUCUUGGAAAUGCACACUGAAGAGAAUGUUAUCAAGUACAGUAUUUUGUAUUUAUUGGAAAUUUUCAGGGGCUGAGAGGGAUGGCUUAGCUUUUACGAGCUUUUGCUGCUUUUUCAAAGGACCUGAAUUUGGUUUUGAGCACCGUAUCACAUGACUCAUGACGGCAUGUGAUGCCAGUUCUAGGAGAUCCAAUUCUUUGCUCACACACAGCAUAAAUUUACUGUACACAUAAAAAUAAAAUCAAAUUUUAUUUUUUUCAGAAAAGCCUUUGCUGUGUAUCCCAGGUUGUCCUGGAACUGGUACUGUUUCAGCUUCUAGCUCUUGACUGUGUAAUGAAAUGCCCCUGCCUCCACAUUCGCCAUCGUUAGCUCCUGCUUUAAGAGUCAUCUCUUGACUUGAUUCUAAGUUUUAGCUCUACAAAAGUAAGCAUUAAGCAGAGCAUUGUGUAAUGUGGAUGGCAGCUUAAACCCAUGAGUGGAGACUAGUAAGACCUACAUAUGAAAAAUUGACAGGAAUACAAAGUGUGUUUUAUUAAAUUUAUGAGGUUUCUUAGAGCAAUCAUGUAUUAAUUUAAUGGGUGAUGCCCCCCCUUUUUUUUUCUGUAAACCAAGUAAGGUAGAUGCUUCUCUUAUCAUUGUAAAUUAUGUUGGAUUCAUUGGUGAUUGAGAUUUGAAGUAUGCCAGUCCACAUAAAUAUCUUUAAAAAGCAGCUUAGUAUUUAUGUAUACGCCUUGUAUGUAUAGGUAUAUGCCCAUAGAGGCCAGAAGAUGGUAUCAUAUCUUUUGGAUCUGGCAUUACCAACAUGACAUGUUUGACAUGUAUAAUGGAAUCUAAAUCCUAGUCUUAAUGAUAGAGUAGUAAGUACUCUUAACUGCAGAGCCAUCCAUCCCUCAAGCCCUGGCAUAAAUGUCUUGUUUUUCAAUCAUGUUUAGUAAGUAUUUAAAAAUGACUUUGUGAAUAUUGAAAUAGUUCUGUUGGUUUCAUUUGGCUGAUUAUAAGCAUUUUGUGUAUACUCUUUAUUUUUCAUGAAAAAAAAACACUUUAAAAAUGUGUGCGCGUGCAUGUGUGUGUUGGGGGCCAUUGUUUCUGUGGUUGCUGGUAUGGUUUUGUGUUGGCGGUGUUCACAGUGUGAGCAAAGUAAUAUACUGGGUGCCUUGGUCUAUUGCUGUUAUUCCCCCAAGACAGGGUCUCACUGAACCUGGCUGGGCAGGCAGCCAGCAGAACCCAGCAUUUCUUGUCUCUCUGCUCCCCACAGUGCUGGCUGUACAGACACACUUAUUCCCAGCUGUUUGUUUGUUUGUUUGUUUUUUGUUUUGUUUUUUUAAUUUUUGUUUUUUUGAGACUGUAGGCUGUCCCACACUUCCUUUGUAGACCAGGCUAGCCUCAAACUCGCAAAGGUUGCUUGCCUCUGCCUCUUGGAGUGCCAGGAUUACCCAGGUGUGCCACCACCUCAGGCCCAAACCAGUUUCCAAUUGAUUUUGUCUCCUGUGUUUUGUUUCUUUCUGAUGUGUUCUCACACAGUCCUUGAGUACAUGUUCUUUUAAGUAUUUUCAAAAUACUUUUAGAAUAGCAAAUGUUAGGGUUUGUUUUGUUUUUCCAAAUCAGAAGGUAGGGAUAAGUAUAUUGUAAUCAUAGGUCAGAUCAUCUUUCCAAGUUGGCUUAUUUUUUCCUUUUGAGAAUGUUACACAUGCAUGGAAUAAACGAUACUCUUAUGUCCCCACUGUUUCUCCUCACCCUCCCUGUUUUUCCCUAACACCCCCCUGUUAACUUUGUCUGUUAGUGCUUCUCAUACAUGCAUGGGUGUGGAGGAUGGGUGACCUGCUGGUAGUUACGUUUUCACACCCCAGCAGCUGUUCACUGCCAGUAGCUUGUCAGGGGAGAUGGCCUGGAGCUGACCUGCCCCUCUGUGCUGGGAUCUGGGCUUGCUUAAGCUUACGCUGUAUGUCUUGUCUAUGCAGUCACAGUUGCUGUGAGGCCAUGACGAUAACAACCACAUCACAGCGCUCCUCCCUACCCUCUAGCUCUUGUAUUCUUGUAUUGCUUUUCUUCGGUUUUCACCGAGCCUUGGUCACAGUGGAGAUUAAUGCAGCUGUCUCGUUUAGAGGUGAACAUUCAGCCUGUGUUUAGCCCUUUGACCAGUUAUGCAUCUCUCCAUUGACAGCUGGCCACUGUAAAAAGAAGCUUCUCUGACCAAAGUUGAGAGCACCCAAGGCCUCUUGGUGCCAAGAGCUCAGUGGAUGGCAGAAACUUGAUUUUUGUUUGUUUGUUUGAGACUGGGUCAUGCUAUAUAGCUUGAUUAGCCUGAAACUUUCUAGUAGGCCAGGCUGUUGCCAAUUUGUGCUGAGUUUUUCUUUUAUGUCAUGAGCUCUUAUUGUCAAAUGUGUGUGAUUAUGUAAUUUUACUGUGUAAAUUUUACUUUUUAUGUAUCUUUCAUUUUCAUUAUAAUUUCCCUAGUCAUUGCAUUAAGGUAUAGUGGUAUUGCCCGGGUGGUGGCGGCACAUACCUUUAGUCCCAGCACUUGGGAGGGAGAGGCAGCCAGCUCUCUCAGAGUUUGUGAGGCCAGCCUGGUGUACAAAGUGUGUCCAGGAAAGCCAAGGCUACACAGAGAAUCUGUCUUAAAAAGCAAAAUAUGUGUGUAUAUACUGGUAUUACACUGCCUUCUUGCUAAAAACCAUGUUCAAUAAAUUGUACUAACUAUCUCCAUAAGUGAGUGGCUCAUCUAUGAAAGCAUUCUUCAUAUUGUUUUUGACAGGACUGGUGUAAUUUAGGGGGUCUUACAAGGGUAGACGCUGUAAUGCAGUGUCCCCUGUGUUGGAUGCACUGAGGGGUGGCUGUAAUUCUGCUCUUGUAAACAAAACAGUGGUUGUUACCCAGAAGACUGCAGUCCUGGAUUAAAGGGAGAUGUAAUUCAUGAGCUGUGCUAGUCAGUCCAUCAGUGAGUAGAAGGUACUUUCCUAUUUCUUGAUUCAGACUGUUUUAUGGUUUUUUUCAGUUUAACAGAUGUCCUUAUAGAAUGUCUUUCUGUCAUAGUCAUUAAGGAGUCUUUCUCAUUGGUGGAGGCUUGGGACAUGUCCAUCAGUGGCAGAAGACGCGGCCUUGCUGUAUGAGAUGAACACUAGUGUUCUGGAUCAUUUUUGCAUUUCUUAGUUUCUUUAUAAACACUAACAUUACUAUACUGUGACAGAUGCGGUUACCCACGUUUAGGUGUCCCUAGACUUUCCACAGGGCUGCAUUAUAAUAAGUAAAGUGAAAAUAUGAAAAAAGCACUUUACAGUCAAGCUAGUGACCAUCCAACCGUAGUCUAGUCUGCAUCAACAGUUUGGGCACAUUAUUUUCCUAAAGUUGGGGAAGGUUUCUUUUUCUCUGUAUUUAAUGUUUUUAAAUUGUUAGUGUGGAUGUUGGCAAAGUUAGAGGUUUUCUAAUGACAUUGUCGCUCAGGUUUCCGCAGACUGUAACCACAGUCACUUGGUUCCUUGUCCCUUCCUUCUCCCCUGUGGUCCUGUUCUCCCAAGUAGACUCACUAGUGGUUUCAUCUCUCUAGUUUGUUAAAAUCUAGAUUUUAAUUCUGUUUUGUAUAGAAGGAACAUCGUUUGGGCCUGUCACUUCCAUGGUGAUCUCCAGUUUUGUCCAUUUUCUUGCCAAUAACAGUGGCCUAGUACAGUCAACAUUUUAUAUUCACCACAUUUAAAAAAUUAGUUUGAUGGGCACCGAGGCUGAUUCUGUAAUUGAGUGUAACUGAGUACAGUGAAUGAGUACAAGUAUGUCUGGUAUAAUCUGACAUAGAUUCCUUUCAUUAUAUGCUAAACAACAGUGCAGCAGCAUAAGACAGUUAUAGUUUAAUUUUAGAUGAAAUACUUCUAUUUUCCAGAGUGACCAUGCUAAUGUACGUUUCCUGGAGCAACCUUACAUUCUCACAUUCUCAUGUGCUUGGUUCACGCUAGGGUGUUGAGAAUUUUCAUGUAUUUAUUGGGUAUUUGUACAUUGUAUAUAUUGGAUACAGUGUACAUGUAUUUAUUGGAUAUUUGUACAUUGAGAACUGAUUGUUUCCCUAUGUGGUAAUUCAAUUACUUGUUUACAACAUAAUUUUUUUUCCUUGUAUUGGUUUCCUCAAAGUGUUUCAUGUAUCUUAAGUUGGUUUCAAGCUUACUGUGUGUGUGUGUUUCUGUGAAUCACUCCCUUGUCAGAUGAAUGAGCGUCCAAAGAUAUUUUCCCCCACUCUGUAGCUUUGUCUGACAAUUGUUUCCUUUUUCUUUAUAAAAGCUCUUUAACUCCUUGCAAUGAUUAAAUCUCUUUUAUACUUUGGGCGUUUUUGUUUGUUACUGUUUUUCCAUGGAUUCUUGCUGUGUAGGCCUGACUGCCUGGGCUUGCUGUGUAUGUAUACCUGAGACUAGCAGCUAAUUUGGAGCAGUCUUCCUGCCUCUGUUCUCUGGGUGUUACCACUGUAAUCACGAGCCUCUACUGCCACUCUCUUUGCCAUCCAGUAAACUGUUAGUUUCAGAAUACCAUUGUCUAUGCCUAUAUCAUCAUGUAUUCCAUGGAUUAGCCUCUGUGAGUUUCAAGUUGUUUAGGCCUUCCCUUAAGGCCUUUAGUUCAGUUUGAGUUGCUUUUGUACAGAAUGAUAGAGGGAUUUAGGGCUAUUCUUGUGCAUAUGGUGUUGUUUUUCUUGUUGAAGAGGCUAUUUAUUAUCCUGUGCUUUGGGUACCUUUGCUGAAAUCAGAAGGUUGUGGCUUCAUGGAUAUUUUGGAAGUGUAUUCUUCCCUUGCUCUAGUUGUCUAUUUUUAAGGUACGCUGUUUCACUAUGGUUUUAUAGCAUAAUGUAAGUUGAGUGUUGUAAUGACUCUAGCUAGCAUUACCCUUUUUGCUCAGUGUUGCUUUGACUAUUUGGGAUAUUUUGGCUUUCUUACAAUUAUAGUUUUGUGUUUUCUAUUUCUGUAAAUAAUGGCAUUGGAGUUCUUUUUCCAAGACAGGGUUUCUCUAUAUGUAGCCCUGGCUGUCCUGGAACUCUAUUUGUAGACCAGGCUAGCCUUGAACUCACAGAGAUCUGCCUGCCUCUGCUUCCCAAGUGCUGGGAUUAAAGGCUUGGGCGUUCACCACCACACCCGGCUGCCAGAAUUUGGUGGGAAGGGUGUCAUUGAGUCUGAAGACCGCUUUACACUUUUUGAUAUUAUAAUGGUGCUGAUUUGUGAGCAUAGGAAUGUUUUCCAUUUUCAGAGCCUUCAAUUCUUCAGUGUUUUUAAAUCAUUAUGUACUCCUUUCAUCAGCUUAUUCGUAAGUGAAUUUGGCUUUUUGUCUUGUAAUGAUCAGAUGUAGAGUCUUUUGGUGUGGCAGUUUGGGUCUUUUUGAGAAUAUGAUCAUAGGAGCAGCCAAGAGCACUGGUUCCUCCCCUAGAGGACUGAAGCUUGAUUACAUGGCACCCCACUACUCUAAGUCUAGUUCUAAGGAACCCAGCACCCUUUUCUGGUCUCUGGGGAACCAGACAUGCACAUGGUACACAGACAGGCCUGCAGGCAACACACCUACACACAUGUAAUAAAAGUCGGUUUGUUUGUUUUUUAAGAUGGUCCUAUUGUCUACAAGUAGAGAUUUGGCUUGCUUCACUUCCUUUUUCUUUCCUUGGUGCUCAGGGUUAAACCUAGGAGUGCGUGUGUGGUGGGCAAGUGCCGCACCUCUGAGAUGCAGCCGCUCACUUGUAUCCCUUGCCUUUUCCCUAACUUUCUGAGCUAAGAAUUUGAGAUGUAUAUAGCAGCGUUGAGAAGGUGGACACUUUUAUGUUCUCAAUUGUUGAAAAAGUACUUUUAGUUUCCCUGUUGGUGUAAUAUUGGCUUUAGUUUGUCAUUUAUAGCAUCUGUUACCUUUUCCUAUGUAUUCAGGUGAUCACAUGAUUUCAGUCCUUGAAUAUCAAUAUUCUCUGUUAGAGUCACUGAUGGAUAUCUGAAAAACAUGCUAUGAAAUCAACCUGAUGAUGGAUUGUGAUAUUUUUAUUAUGUCGAGUUGGUUUGAGAGUAUAGUUUUGAGGGAUUUUUGUUUUGUUUUGUUUUUCAUCAAGGAAGUUGUUUUGAAGUCUCCUUUGUUCAGCCCUUCAUGGAUUUGGUAUCACGGUGACACUGUCUAAGAAAAAAUUAGUGUCUCUUCCCUUUAUAGUUAGUGAAAUAGUUUGGGAAGCUUGGUAGAAUUCAAUAGGGAAUUGGUCAAGUCAGCUCUCCUUGAGGAGACAAAAUUCAUUUCUAGCUUAAUUAUGUUGCUCUUUUACAUUGUUCACAUUCCAUUGAUUUAUUUUGUUCAUCUGUUUAUUUUGUUUUGUUACUGAUUGAGAAUAUUAUACAUGCACAUGAUACAUUUUCAUCAAGCCACCUGUUCUCAUUCCUCUCCCUCAUUCUUCUAUACCUUCUACCACUGUCCCUCUCAAUUCAAUUUGUUCUUUUGUUUUUAACCUUUGUAGUCUCCUUAAAACUGCCAGUGUAUACAUGGGUGCAGGGCCAUCUUCUGUGGGUGAGCAGCUUCUCCCUGAGGAAAACUGACUCUCCCUCUCCCAGCAGUCUUCAGUUGCCGCUAGCUGCCCAGUAGUGGGCCUUUCUGAAUACCUUAGCUCUCCACACUGGGGCUUUUGUCUGGCUUGAUCCUGUACAUGCAGUCACGGCUGUUGUCAGUCAACAUGCGCAACUGUCCUGUCGUGUCCAGAAGCUACGAUCCGGCGCUCACACUCUUUCUGCAUCCUCAUCUGUAAUGAUCGCUGGUCCUUUGAGAGAAGGGAUGUGGUGUAGGUAGAUGUCCCAUUUAGAGCGGAGCCAGUUGUGAGUCUCCAUUAAUGCCAUCAACUGUAAAAACAAGAAAACAAACAAAAACAACCCAGCCUCUGUGAUGACGGUUGAGAGAUAAGCUUGUCUUUGGAACUAAAGAUACCCUUUCAACAGACUGAGAGUACUUCGUACAAAGUUCUCCACAUUAAUGGUGCCAGAUGAGAAUUUCAUCCUGUAGAGUGUGGAAUGGUCCUUAAGUCCAGUCAAAAAGUGUUUGGUUAUCUCAACAUUUGUGCUAUACUCAUGGCUGUGUCUUGUUAGAGCGAUCGCUACUGUUUCUCAGAGGGUUCUCAGCUGGGUAAACUUGAUGUCCAGUCUUCUCCCUGGGUAAGUACGCACAGCACCUUCCAGUGCUGUGGAAGCUAGCCAGUGGAAGAAGCCCUUAGGUCAGUCUAAGCUCAGUUUCUUCAUGUGCUGUGACACAGUAUGUGGUGUCUUCAGUGAUGCAGUCUUACCGUAAAGCUCUGUGUGGUCACCAAGUACAGUAACGACAGCCUAUAAUAUUUGGAGGGGUGUCUAUAGAACCCCAAACUUUUGACCUGAUUUGAUAUUUCAUAUAUGUCUUGAAAUUACUUUUUGGUUUUUCAGCUUAUUGUAAUAUAAGUUUCAAAAAGUAUCCUCAAAUCAUUGUCUGGAUUUCAUUUACUGUCUGUUGUAAUGUCUCCUUUUCAACUCUAACUUUAUUCAUAUGAAUAAGUGUAUAAAAGAAAACAUAGAUAAUAAGCAAUGAAGUACCUAAUUAAAAUUUUGUAAAUAUUGUAACUGCCUGAAAGUUGUGUAAGGAGCAGCUGCAGGGUGGACGGUUUUUUGAGUGAUCACCCUUUCUUGGCGUACUUUUUGGUGAUGCAACUGACUUUGAGUUACCCGUACUCCUGUAAGUGAUCCUGUAUUCACACUAUUGUAAGUAAACCUCAAUAAAAUCAUUGUUCUCCA